UUGCAACUCCUUUACACUGAGCGGUCAGUCGCUUGACCAUCGUGCCUCCUUCCUUAAGAUGGCUCAGAUCUGGGUGCAGCAAAGCGGAGACCCUCAAGGGGACCUCAUUGUCCUCUCCCACCACAGGAAGGUGCCCAAGAGGAUGGCUUCCCUGAUGGAGCUGAAGGAGAUCUUCCACAACGCAGAUGCCGUCUGCUUUGACGUGGACAGCACCGUCAUCCGGGAAGAAGGCAUCGACGAGCUGGCCAAGUUCUGCGGGGUUGGAGACGCCGUGGCGGAAAUGACCCGGCGAGCGAUGGGGGGCACGGUCACCUUCAAGGCAGCGCUCACGGCCCGGCUGGGGCUGAUCCGGCCUUCCUAUGAACAAGUCCAGAAACUAAUCUCAGAGCAUCCCCCCCAACUGACCCCCGGAAUACGGGAGCUGGUCAACAGGUUGCACCAGCGAGGCGUCCAGGUCUUCUUAAUCUCCGGAGGGUUCCAGAGCAUCGUCGAACACGUCGCGUCGCAGCUCAACAUCCCCACGGCCAACGUCUUUGCCAACCGGUUGAAGUUUUACUUUAACGGAGAAUAUGCCGGGUUCGAUGAGACGCAGCCGACAGCCGAGUCUGGAGGGAAAGGACAAGUGAUCAGCUACUUGAAGGAGCAGUUUCAGUUCAAGAAGGUGGUCAUGAUCGGGGACGGGGCGACGGAUAUGGAGGCCUGCCCUCCUGCGGACUGUUUUAUCGGCUUUGGUGGCAACGUGGUGCGCAAGCAAGUCAAGGAGAAAGCCAAGUGGUACAUCACCCAUUUCGACGAGCUGCUGAAAGAACUGGAAGAACGAUGAAUUGAAAAGCAAAAAACAGAAACCUAGGUUUAUUUUAUUAACCCUUUUAGCAUAGGUAGACCUAUCUUUAUGCAAUUAAACAAGUUCUUAUUGUUAUUUGCAAA